AUGCCAAGUUCCAAAAUCCAAAUUUUCCAGGUUGUCGCCAACAAUUCUCAAUGUGGAAAUUCGAAACGAAUUCGCUAUUCGAUGAAAGAUCCAAAACUCUCAAUCGACUCGAUUUCUGGAACAAUUUGUCUCAUUCAAAAAUUGGAUUAUGAAGCGUCGAAAACCUAUCAGGCUACAGUAACCGCCACGAAUUCUAGUCAGUUUUUUAGUGGAAAUUUGGAUAUCUAGGCCAUUUUUGAUAGUUUUUCUUGGUUUUCUAGGCUGUGGCCGAAUUUUUGAGUUAAAAUUUGGAUUUCUAGGCCAUUUUUAAUAGUUUUUCUUGGUUUUCUAGGCCGUGGCCGAAUUUUUUAGUUGAAAAUUGGAUUUCUAGGCCAUUUUUGAUAGUUUUUCUUGGUUUUCUAGGCCGUGGCCGAAUUUUUUGAGUGGAAAUUUGGAUUUCUAGACCAUUUUUCAUAGUUUUUCUUGGUUUUCUAGGCCGUGGCCGAAUUUUUUAGUUGAAAAUUGGAUUUCUAGGCCAUUUUUGAUAGUUUUUCUUGGUUUUCUAGGCCGUGGCCGAAUUUUUGAGUGGAAAUUUGGAUUUCUAGACCAUUUUUCAUAGUUUUUCUUGGUUUUCUAGGCCGUGGCCGAAUUUUUUAGUUGAAAAUUGGAUUUCUAGGCCAUAUUGUCAAUUUCCAGCUCGAAAUAAUUCAAAAAUCACGAAUUUGGGUGAAAAAAAUCCACGUUUCAAAAUUCAAAUAACAAUUUUGGCGCCAAAUCGAAUUCAAAUUUUCGAAAAAAAAAAUUAUUUGAAUUUUUUUUUUUGAAAAUUUUUAUUGAAUGAAUUUUUGACAAAAAAAUUCGAUUUUUUUCCAGAUUCCGAAUCCUCAACCUCACAAAUCUCAAUAACUCUUCAAGACGUCAAUGACAAUUGGCCAAUUUUUUAUCCCAACGAAUAUCAGCUAACAAUCCGCGAAGGCCUUCUCGAUUCCAAUUCGCCACUUCUCCGAGUUAGCGCAACUGACGCAGACGAGGCAAAGUUCGGCGAAGUCGCCUAUCAAAUUCUCAGCGAUUCCAAAUCCUUCACAAUCAACACAACUUCAGGCGAUGUUUUCGCCAAAAAACCGCUGACACGUGGCAAAUAUCACCUGAUUAUCGGUGCCAAAGAUGGCUCUGGACAGACUUCGGAACAUCCGGCAAAUGUCUAUAUCAAUGUGAUAGAUCAGGAGACAUUGGUCCCGAUGUUUAGUCAAUCUAGAUAUGAGAUCAGGACAACUGAGGAUAUUCUACCUGGAAUUGCGAUUGGAAACAUUGCAGCGGUAUCGGAUGGAAAAAUCAAGUAUAGUAUCUAUUCUGGAGAUCCACAGAAGUUUUUUGCGAUCGAUGAGAAUUCGGGGAAAAUCUAUGUGACACGAUAUCUAGAUGCUGAUAUUGAUGACAAAGUUCUACUCAACAUCGAAGCUCGAUUAGAGGGUAGUGAGAUGAGCAAUCAAACACAAGUUCUUAUCGAGAUCGAAGAUCAUAAUGAUAACCCACCGAUGUUUGAAGCGGAUGUUCUAGAGAUCUCAAUUCGUGAAGAUCAAGAGAUCAAUGAACCAUUUUAUAUGAUUCAUGCGAUAGACAAGGAUAAAAAAGAGAAUGGAAAAGUUUUCUAUUCGAUCUUAGCUAUACAUCCUCCGAAUAAUUAUAUCGAAAUAAAUCGGAACAGCGGGCAGAUCUUAACAUCAAGAAUUUUCGAUUAUGAACAAGUUCGAGACUAUAAAUUGAAGCUAAAGGCGACUGACGGUGGAAUUCCUGCAAAAUCAUCAAAUAUCACACUCUUUAUUCAUAUUCUGGAUGUUAAUGAUAAUCCUCCGAUCUUCUCAGAUUCUCCUGAGAUCCUCGAAGUUGUUGAGAUGUCGCCAGCGAAGACGAUCAUUGGACGGAUUCGAGCCACUGAUCGGGAUUCAGGGGAGAAUGGCGAGAUCAAAUAUCGGGUCACCAAUGGUUCGGAGUUUUUUGGCGUCGAUGAGAAGCUUGGGGAUAUUUAUACGAAGCGACCGAUUGAUCGAGAGGUGAUGGGUUUCAUUGAUGUGACAGUUCUGGCGGAAGAUCAGGGUUCGCCGAGGAAAUCGAGCACGAAGAAUUUUCGAAUUAAUGUUCUAGAUGUGAAUGAUAAUCCGCCAAGUUGUCAUACGAUCUCGCCAAUUGUUGUGGCGUCGGAUUCCGGAGCUUCAAGUUCGAUUGGCACGAUUGUCGCCACUGAUCCCGAUAAAGGUUUGAAUGGCAGUGUUCUAUAUCGCGCACAACUUCAAUCGAAUAUUUUUGUGGUGAAGGCGAAUGGUGAGGUGUACCUGAAGCGUGCGCUCGAUUCUUCAGACUCGCCGAAUCAGAGGUUAUCUGUGAUUGUGUCGGAUCAGGGAACACCUCGGAAAUCGACGGUGUGUCACGUGUCGAUUCAAAUAUCCUCCUCUUCUAGCUCUUCUAUUGUGCUCUUCGAGCCACUUCAGAAGUUCAUAGAGAUUCCGGAAUCUUGCGUUCUCGCGUGCAGAUUGACAUACUUCAAUUCCAGCGGUGUUCAUCAAUGGCAAAUCCAAAGUUCGGAGAUAUCGAAUCAUUUUCAGAUUCGAGAUGGAGUUUUAAGUAUGCUGAGCAAUCCACAACAUCCAGCACCGUAUUCGUUGACGAUUAUCAUGAGCGAUGUGAAUGGCAGGCAGAAGAGUUUGAUGGUGAAGUUGAGCUCGAGCAAAAAUCGAAAAAAUCAGGAGGUGAUUCGGAUCAAUGAGAGGAAUUGGGCGAUUGGAAGUCGGGUGGGGAAGUUGGGCGGCGAGAGAGAUCCGAGUGUGUUCUACUACUCAUCGAAUUCAACUUGGUGUCCGCUGGAAGUUGAUCAAACAUCAGGACAAUUAUAUCUUGCUGAGAAGAUCCAGGAGAACAUCCGAUGCAGUUUCGAGAAGUUCAACACAAGUUCGGGAACUUCAGUGAAACUAGAUGUGGAUCUAGAGAUCUCCAGAAGUCACCGAAGUUCUUAUCGCCCCAAAUUCGAGCGCGAUCAUUUUAUAGUCAAUGUCAGGGAGGAUGUUGCGAUUGGCACAAUCAUCGCCUCGAUUUCGGUGGCUAAUAUGAGCAAUGUGGAAGCUGAAGAUCAAGAUGGGGAAGUGGCUUAUCGAUUUGGAGCGGCGAGUUUGGGAGAGGAGAAAUUUGCGAUUGAUCAGUUUACGGGAGAUGUUAGUGUGGUGGAGCAAUUGGAAUGGCAUGUGGUAGGUUUUUAAACGAUGCUCCACGUUUACACCGUGAAUUCUUUGCGGGAGAAAUGAAUUUUCAAAUUUUAAACGAAGCUCCACGUUUACACCGUGAAUUCUUUGCGCGCGAAAAAUUAAUUUUCAAACAUUUUCAAAUUUCAAACGAUGCUCCACGUUUACACCGUUAAUUCUCUGCGGGAAGAAUGAAUUUUCAAAUUUUAAACGAAGCUCCACAGUGACUUCUUUGCGGGAAAAAUUAAUUUUCAAAUUUUAAACGAAGCUCCACUUUAACACCGUGAAUUCUUUGUGGGAAAAAUGGAUUUUCAAAUUUUAAACGAAGCUCCACUUUUACACCGUGACUUCUUUGCGCGCGAAAAAUGAAUUUUCAAAUUUUAAACGAUGCUCCACGUUUACACAGUGAAUUCUUUGCGGGAAGAAUGAAUUUUCAAAUUUUAAACGAUGCUCCACGUUUACACCGUGACUUCUUUGCGGGAAAAAUGGAUUUUCAAAUUUUAAACGAAGCUCCACUUUUACACCGUGACUUCUUUGCGCGCGAAAAAUGAAUUUUCAAAUUUUAAACGAAGCUCCACGUUUACAUAGUGACUUCUUUGCGCGCGAAAAAUUAAUUUUCAAAUUUUAAACGAAGCUCCACUUUUACACAGUGACUUCUUUGCGCGCGAAAAAUGAAUUUUCAAAAUUUAAACGAAGCUCCACUUUUACACCGUGAAUUCUUUGCGGGAAAAAUUAAUUUUCAAAUUUUAAACGAAGCUCCGCGUUUACACAGUGACUUCUUUGCGCGCGAAAAAUGAAUUUUCAAAUUUUAAACGAUGCUCCGCGUUUACACCGUGAAUUCUUUGCGGGAAAAAUUAAUUUUCAAAUUUUAAAAUUUGAAAAUUUCAAAAUUGAAAAAAAUUCUAAACAAAAUUUCUACAUUUAAAUUUUGAAAAUUUCCCGCAAAGAAUUCACGGUGUAAACGUGGAGCAUCGUUUGAAAUUGAAAAAUGUUUGAAAAUACAUUUUUCCCGCAAAGAUUUCACGGCGUAAACGUGGAGCAUCGUUUAAAAUUGAAAAAUGUUUGAAAAUAAAUUUUUCCCGCAAAGAUUUCACGGUGUAAACGCGGAGCAUCGUUUAAAAUUCAACUCCUAAACUGAACCUUUUUUGCAGAAGUCCAUCUACCACCUCUCAAUCGAAGCAUUCACCCAAAAAACCACGUCAACCCUUCUAACAAUCAACAUCAACGACAUCGACAAUCAUCCACCGAUCUUCAUUUCUCAACCAACAAUCUACGUGCCCUCGAUUCUCCGCAAAGGUUCAGUGAUUCAUCGCGUCAUUGCUAAAGAUCUAGACAAACAUCCCAAGAUCACCUAUACCUUCAAGAAUCCAUCAAAGAUUCUGAAGAUCAAUGAAACAUCGGGAGAGAUCAGUAUCCGAACUUCAACAUCAGUAGAAAAAGAGCAGACUGUUCGAGUUAUCGCAAAUAGUUCUGGAAAACUUGCGGAACAAUUAAUUUCCAUCAAAUAUUCGACUAAAAAUCAGAGUUGGAACUAUUUUGAUGAGCAAAAGCUCAGAAUAAACUCGAAAAAAUUCGAUCUACCAACAAGUUCAGUGGAGCAUGUUAGGCUAACUGUAGUUAGCGCGGAGGAUUUUGAGCUAAAUGGUCUGCAAGUUAGUGUAAAUCAAUCGAGCCGGCUGACAAUUCUCGCAGAAUCGGAGAAUCAUCUAGACUACACUGUAGUUCAAGCUGACAUCGACAACGACGACGAAAUCACUGAAAUCCCAUUAUUGAAAAUCACAUCAACAUCCUGUGGAGUGCUGAACAUUCCGGAAAAUCAAGCUUUUGUCAAUUUCCGACGGAUUAUGGUUCAAGGAACAUCUCAGAAUCCACUGAAGUUCAGGUUUCAGGGUGGAAAUGAUGCUGGAUUUCGGAUCAAUGAGACGAGUGGCGAGAUGAGUUGUGGGGAAUUGGAUCGAGAAUUGCGACAGGAACAUUUGCUGGUGGUUUUGGUCGAGGAUGAGCAGAAGCGGAGAAGUGUGAGUGAUUGGGGGAUCAGAUUCGAAAUCUGGAAUCUACAGAUUUCCGAAGUUCUGAAGAUCAGUGGAUCUCUGAUUGAAAUUUCGAAACCAAAAAGUGUGCCAGGUUUGCAUUUUCCUUGUGAUAUUAUCAAAAAAAAUAUCAAAAAGGGGCGGGGCCUGAUUUUGUGCAAGCCUGGCAUGGUUUUUUCCGGGUUGGGAUUUGGGGAUUUUUGAAAUUCAGCUAAUUUUUCAAGGCUUUUUUUAGACAAGCCUUAAUUUCAGGCCUAUUUCUCCAAAGCCUAAUUCAAGGCUUUUUUAGACGAGCCUGAAGUUCAGGCCUAUUUCUCCAAAGCUUAAUUUAAGGCUUUUUUUAGACGAGCCUUAAUUUCAGGCCCUGAUUUUUGAAAGCCUAAAUUUCAGGCCUAUUUCUCCAAAGCCUGAAAUUUCAGGCCUAUUACUCCAAAGCCUAAUUGAAGACUUUUUUAGACGAGCCUAAAUUUCAGGGCCCUGAUUUUCGAAAGCCUGAAAUUUCAGGGCCUUAAUUUUCCAAAGCCUAAUUUAAGGCUUUUUUAGACGGGCCUGAAGCUCAGGCCUUGAUUUUCCAAAGCCUGAAAUUUCAGGGCCUUAAUUUUCCAAAGCCUGAAGUUCAGGCCUAUUUCUCCAAAGCCUAAUUGAAGACGUUUUUAGACGAGCCUGAACAUCAUGCCUUUAUUUUCGAAAGCCUAAUUUAAGGCUUUUUUUAGACGAGCCUGAACUUCAGGCCUUGAUUUUCGAAAGCCUAAAUUUCAGGCCCUGAUUUUCCAAAGCCUGAAGUUCAGGCCUAUUUCUCCAAAGCCUAAUUUCAGGCCCUGAUUUUCGAAAGCCUAAAUUUGAGGUCUUUUUUUGACAAGUCUAAAUGUCAGGCAAAAAAACCGUGCCAGGGUUGCAUUUUUCAAAAAAAAAAAAAAAGGGGGCGUGGCCUAAAUUUGCAAGCCUGGCACGGUUUUCUCUCAAAUAUCAAAAAGGGGCGUGGCCUGAUUUUGCAAGCCUGGCACGGUUAUUUUUUUGAAUUCCCCAACCCCUUGAUUCUUCCAGGACUCAUGCACCGUCCGCAUCAUCGUCACCGACAUCAACGACAAUGCUCCGCAAUUCCACCCCUCCACUCCAGAUCUUCUCGAAAUCAACCGGACCUCCAACAUCGGUGAUAUUCUGUUCAACUUCGACGCCACUGAUGCCGAUAUCGGAAUCAAUGGAAAGAUCUCGUUCGAUCUUCUCAAGGAUGAAUCGAAGAGUCUCGAUUUGAUACCGGAGACUGGAAGUUUGGUGCUGAGAAGAUUCGCGAACUUGAAAACGUGGCAAAUUGUUUGUCGAGUUUUUGAUCAGGGAUAUCCGAGGAGGCUUUAUAGAGAUGUCACAAUUCAAAUCGUGAAUGGUGCUGAAGUUGAAGCUUCGGAAAAAGAUCAAGAUCAAGAUCAAGAGCUCUCAUUCCUGAAGCAAAGUUAUUUGUCAAGUGUCGAUGAGAGUUUGCCACGUGGCCAAUUCGUCGGAAAAAUCGAAGUCAUCCCCGAAGACAUCGGAAUCACCUUUAGUAUCGUUGAAGGCAACAUCGAUUCGGCAUUCCUGAUCGAUGGCGAUGGAGUUAUCCGAACUAAUUUGGAGCUGGAUAAGGAGAUCGUAGAGAUGUAUCAUCUGAAGAUCAUCGGGAUUCCGGUGCAGAAUUCUAGACAUCAGAUUUCGACGCGAUUCGACAUCCGGGUGAAUAAUCUGAACGAUAAUUUGCCCUAUUUUUCGAUCUCAAAUGCGGUGAAGAAGAUCAGUGAAUCUAUCGAAGUUGGGAGUUAUAUUUCAACAGUUCAGGCGAAGGAUGUGGAUCAGUUGGAGCAACUUCAGUACUUUCUGGAUUCUGAGGAGGACGCUUUUAAUAUUGAUCGAUUUACGGGGACGAUUCAUCUAGCGAAAGGGUUGGACUUCGAGACAAGAUCUAGAUUUGAUUUGAAGAUCAAGGUGACUGAUGGGGAAUUCGAGGCAUUCUCGAAUUUGACGCUGAUUGUUCUGGACACCAAUGAUAAUCCGCCACAGUUCGCUAAACCCAUCUAUAGUCUCUGCACGAAUUCAUUGACUGGAAUUGAUGUUUCGGCUAUAGAUCUAGACUCAGGAUCAGCUCUAACUUACACGAUCUCGCCCAACUAUUUAGCCGAGAUUCCAGACGUGUCGCGAGGAUUUGUGGAGCUGAAAAUGCUGCCGCCAAACGGGGAGCGUCAUAUUUUGAAGGUUGUGGCGAGCGAUGGCAAAUUUCGAACCGCUGUUCCUAUUGUGAUCAGUGUGGGUGAGGAGAAGAUCGAGAAGAAGAUCAGGCGGAUGAAUCGGGAGUUCGAAGUUGAUGAGAGUUUGGAGCCUGGGAUGAUUGUUGGGGAACUCUCAGAGACGCCAGAAGAGCAGGAGUAUCGCAUGAGCAAUGAUUUCUUUGAGGUGGAUGCUUUUGGAAGAAUCUACACAAGGAGAGACCUUCGAAGUUCUAUGGUGAAUUUUGAAGUUACUUGCGAUGAUCUAGAUCUUAAGAUCAAUGUGACCAUUAAGAUCAAGCCUGUGAAUUUGAAUCCUCCUGUUUUCACAAAUCCGAUUUAUAACAUCGCACUCAGGGAUAGUAUGCAGCACGGGCAGAUCAUCGGAAAGAUUCAGGCUUCGGAUAAAGAUCGGGAUAGUCAGCUAAGUUAUCAUAUCUUAAGUGGAAAUGAUUUGAAUGUGAUCACGAUAAAUCAGCAGAAUGGAAAUGUUUUGUUCAAUCAGUGGAAUGAUGAGACACCGGAGAGGAUCUACAUUGAAGUUCGGGAGGCAUCUAGAUCUAGUAUCUGCGAGCUCUUGCUGAAUUUGAAAAUGUCGGGAGCAACUGCGCCAUUCUUUGUGCUGCCUAGUUAUGAUGUUCAUGUUCUAGAGGGUACGCCGAUUAAUUCGGUGAUUUUUAGAGUGAGGAGUUCGAAUCGGCUUGGAACAUCGAGCUCAGGAUCUCAAAAAGCCCUGAUCUAUUCUCUCAAAGACACUAAAGCCUUCUCGAUUGAUGUGUUAAGCGGAGAGAUUCGAAAUAAAAUCCACCUUGAUUGGGAAUCGGAGCCGAACUAUUCGAUGUUGUUAAGUGUCGCAGAUGGAAAUGGAAGAUCAGCAGUUGUGCCGCUGAAAAUCAUCGUUGAACCCGUCGACGAAUUCGCGCCAAUCUUCCCCGUCAAAUCCUAUACCUUCCAAGUUCCCCUAACUUCGCAGAUUGGAGAUGUUAUAGGUGAAGUUAGAGCUGUUGAUGAGGAUGCGGGAAUUCAUGGAAUUGUCAGAUAUUCGAUAUUGGAUAAACAGAAUACUGUGCAAGUUGAUGAGAAGGGAAAUGUGAGAUUUUUUGAAACGUAACAUUUUUAGGAAAUUUUUUUUGUUUUUUUUUUUUUUGAAAAAAAAAUCUAGGAUCCUGAAAUUCAGGUUUUUCGAAAAAAAAUCUUUAGAAAUCCUGAAUUUUCAAGAAUUUAUAGCAAAUUUUAGAGAAAACGUGAAAUUUUCUUUGAAUUUUUGAAAUUAAUUUUGAAACUUUGAAACUUUUUUGCAAAAUUAACGGAAUUUUUGAAUUUUCAUUUAUUGAUUUUUAAUUUAAUUUAUUCAGGAAAUUUAUUUUAUAUAGAAAAUAAGAACCUUUUUUUUGAAAAAAAAUCUUCGGAAAUCCUGAAUUUUCAAGAAUUUAUAGAAAAUUUUAGAGAAAACUCGAAAUUUAAAAAAAAUCUAGGGACCUUCCAAAAAUCCUGAAAUUCAGGUUUUUCGAAAAAAAUCUUUAGAAAUCCUGAAUUUUCAAAAAUUUAUAGAAAAUUUUAGAGAAAACUCGAAAUUUUCUUUGAAUUUUCGAAAUUAAUUUUGAAACUUUGAAACUUUUUUCCAAAAUUAACGGAAUUUUUGAAUUUUCUUAUCAAAAUUUUGAAGAUCUGCUUUAAAAUUUUUAUUUAAUUUAUUUUUAAUUUAAUUUAUUCAGGAAAUUUAUUUUAUAUGGAAAAUAAAAACCUUUUUUUUUCGAAAAAAAUCUUCGGAAAUCCUGAAUUUUCAAAAAUUUAUAGAAAAUUUUAGAGAAAACUUGAAAUUUUCUUUGAAUUUUUGAAAUUAAUUUUGAAACUUUGAAACUUUUUUCCAAAAUUAACGGAAUUUUUGAAUUUUCCUAUCAAAAUUUUGAAGAUCUGCUUUAAAAUUUUUAUUUAUUGAUUUUUAAUUUAAUUUAUUCAGGAAAUUUAUUUUAUAUGGAAAAUAAGAACCUUUUUUUUGAAAAAAAAAUCUUUAGAAAUCCUGAAUUUUCAAAAAUUUAUAGCAAAUUUUAGAGAAAACUUGAAAUUUUCUUUGAAAUUUUGAAAUUAAUUUUGAAACUUUGAAACUUUUUUCCAAAAUUAACGGAAUUUUUGAAUUUUCUUAUCAAAAUUUUGAAGAUCUUCUUGUUUUUUUAUUUUAAAAAAAUCCCCAGCUUCUUUCCCAAACCAAAAAAUCCUUUCAAAACCUCAUGUUCUUCCAGAUCUUGCUCCUCAAAUCGCUCUCAACGCGCAAAAAUCUAACCAUCGAAAAAUUCGACAUUCUCGCCUACAGUUCCCCCGAAAAAUCCAGCAAAUCCACAGUUUUUCUGGAAAUUGGCCAAUUUCCAACAAAUCCAACAACCAACCUUCUGCACGCCAAAACCAUUCAAAUCGCUGGAUUUGUUUUGCUGAUCUUGAUGCUCACACUGAUCAUCCUGAUUUGUGUUUGUAUGUGUCGGGGAAGAUCGGGAGGGACAUCUAAGGAAGAUCAGAAGUCUGCAAUGCCAAGUUCAACAUCCAUGUCUCUUCAAAAACAAGUUUAUAGUGUUCAAACUGGCGAGAUUCGAAAUCUCAGUUCGGAUUUAGUUAUCGGAAGUUCAUCGCUAAAAUAUAAAUAUCCUUCAAAGUUUCAAGAAUCGAUAAGUUCAUCAGCAUCUUCCGAAGUUUUACGAGCCAAAUCUCGAAGUCAAAUCGAUUCUGGAAUCAUGGAUGCGGAGGGAAGUGUGAAUUCAUCAGUCACUGAUUAUUUGGUGUCGAUAGGUGUGAAUGGCAAUCCGAUUCCGCCAAGGAUUAGGUGAGUUUUGAUUUUAUGUAAAAAAAAAAAAUAAAAAAAGUUGCGCGCCCGGUGGGGGUCGAACCCUGGUUAUGCGAAUGAUCGGCACGCGUGUUUACCACUUGGCCAUGCUGCUCUUUUCUUCUGCAACAUAAAAUGUCGCAUAAAAAAUGCGGGACCUUUUUUUCCUUUUUUCAGCCACAAGGAAAGUUUUGGUGUAAGUUUUUGAAACGUAGAAAAUCCUGUAGAAUAUUUUCAAAAAAAAAUUUUUAAUUUAUUUAAUUUUCAGCUCACAAUCAAAAAAUUGAAGAAAAAAAAUUUUAUUUCAGCUGAAAAUUCAUGAAAUUCUUUUUUCAAAAAAAUUUUAAAUUUUCAGCUGAAAAACUUGAAAAAAAAAUUUUGGAGCAUUUUUCUGAAAAAAAAAAUUUCAGCUAAAAAUUCAUCAUUAAAUAAAUUUUUUUUAAUUUUCAGCUCAAAAAAUUGAAAAAAAAAAUUUAGGAGCAUUUUUCUGAAAAAAAUAUUUCAGCUAAAAAUUCAUCAUUAAAAAAAUUUUUUUUUUUUUUUUUUUUUUAAUUUUCAGCUGAAAAUUUUGAAAAAAAAAUUAUUUCAGCUGAAAAUUCAUGAAAUUCUUCUUUCAAAAAAAUUUUAAAUUUUCAGCUGAAAAAAUUGAAAAAAAAAAUUUGGAGCAUUUUUCUGAAAAAAAUUAUUUCAGCUAAAAAUUCAUCAUUUAAAAAUUUUUUUUUUUUUAAUUUUCAGCUCAAAAAAAAAAAGAAAAAAAUUAUUUCAGCUGAAAAUUCAUCAAUUUUUUCCCUUUAGAAGCCUAGCCAAGUUAGCUUAACUCAAAAAUCCCCAAAAAUUCCAGGACCACCACCACCUACGACUCACUAAUGAACGACUAUAUUUACGCAAGAGUGGACGAUGUGUUGCCGCCUGGUCCGAUCAAUUUACAAACACAAAAUCAGCACGCAAUGUUGCGUCAACCAAUCACCGUAAGCUUGUGCUAACUCCCAAAAAAAACAACAACACUCCGCUUGUUUACAGACUCGAAAACCGCCCAUCAGCAUUCCGUCAUUCGAGCCGCUCACUGAGAUUUUCAACGAGCUUUGCGAACAGAAAGAAUAUUGUCAAGUUGAGAUCUGA